AAUCAGCUCAGCGCUUAUAUUUGUGUCUUCUAUUAAUCAUCACACAAUGCAUUAGCUUCAAUAUACUCAUAAUUCAUUUGGUCCUUCCUCUCUAUAAACUUCUUCUUCUUCUCUGUCCUUGGCUUCAUUUCUUAAUUGCAAUGGCACUUCUUUCUUACCUGCUCGCAAUCAUGUGCUUCAUUUCUAUGCUACAAUCCCAUUUAGGAGUAGUGGGUUCGAAGGAGGGCCGCCGCCGCCGCCACGCCGCCCAUAAAACUCCGCCGCUCCCCGCGGCCAAAAACCUGACCACCUCUUCUUGCUCCCUGUUUGAGGGCAGCUGGGUUGUUGACCAAACCUACCCAAUGUACCAAUCCUCCGAUUGCCAGGCCAUCAUCGACCAAGAGUUCAACUGCCAAAUGUACGGCCGGCCGGACACCGGGUACCUCCAUUACCGGUGGAAACCUUCCGGCUGUGACGUUCCAAGGUUCAACGGGCUGGUGUUUCUGGAGAAAAUGAGAGGGAAGACGGUGAUGUUUGUGGGUGAUUCUCUGGGCCUGAAUCAGUGGCAGUCUCUGAUUUGCAUGGUCUCAGCUUUCGUCCCGAGAACACAUACUCAGAUGAAUCAUGGCGGACCUGUAUCAUCUUUCAUAUUCUUGGAAUAUGGAGUGACAUUGUCGUUUUACAGAGCACCAUACCUGGUGGACAUAGAAUCAGUGGAGGGGAAAAACAUACUGAAACUAGAUGACAUAACCAAGAAUGGGGAUAGUUGGAAGAAUGUGGAUGUCCUCUCUUUCAACACUGGGCAUUGGUGGGCCCAUCAAGGCUCUCUACAAGGGUGGGACUACAUGGGAUUGGGAGGGUUAUUGUAUGAGGAUAUGGAUCGGUUGGCUGCUCUUCAAAAAGGUCUGGAAACGUGGGCCAGUUGGGCCGACUCCAACCUUGAUAGGACCAGAACCAGGCUGUUUUUUCAAGGAAUCUCACCUACCCACUACAACCCUCAUGAAUGGAGCUCGGACAAGGUGACAUUGUCAAAGAGCUGUUACGGCGAGACAUCCCCGACAGCAAACGGCGGGGUGUACCCCGGGACAUACCCUGAACAAAUGAGGGUGAUCCAAGCAGUGCUAGGGAAGAUGAGCAAUCCUCCUUCCCUUCUUAACAUAACACUUCUAUCAGCUAUGAGGAAAGAUGCGCAUCCUUCCAUAUACAGUGGAGAUCUCACUCCAGUCCAAAGGGCUAAUCCUAACCACUCAUCUGAUUGCAGCCAUUGGUGCCUCCCUGGCUUGCCUGAUACUUGGAAUCAGUUGUUUUAUACAGGGCUUAUCUUCUAAAGAAAAUAUUGUUCCACUCAUACUUCCAUUUUUUCCUUUAUAAUUUAUAUUUAUUAUUUGUAAUUCAUCAGUGUUAGUGCCCAAUGUUUAUUACAAAAACCCACAAAUUAAAUUAGUUAAUGUUUUAGAUUAGUCAUAAAUUGUUUAGCCUUUUAUUAGGUGUCUUCUUAAGCGCCCUUUGAUUGCAAUGUGAUAAUGCUCAUAAAUCCCAAUGUCCCAUACUCUAUUAUUGGUUACAAAAAUACUAGUCUUGAUAAAAACAUUUAUCAAAACAUUUAUUAACUCAGGUUUGUG